AUGAGAGUGGAUGACAAAGAUGGCAUCAGUUAUGACGGUUUCUGCAUUGAUCUGCUCAAGGAAAUGGCCAAAGUCCUCAAUUUCACAUUUGAAAUAAUCGAAGUUGAAGAUGGCACAUAUGGGGUUCAGGUACGCUUAUAAAGAUUGAAAGAUGACAUCACUUAGGACGAAACUGGAAGAUGGAAUGGAAUCAUUGGAGUGCUCCAGAGACACGAGGCGGAUCUCUCAAUAUCCGCGGUUACAAUCACCUACAGUCGAGUUAAGGUCAUCGGUAAGAUCUGUCAAUCGAUGGACGUCCAUUUCAGACUUCACCCUUCCAUUUAUGCAUCUGGGUAUCGCCAUUCUGAUGAAUAACAAAAAUCCAGAAGAGGUUGUUCCCGCUGGCAGUACUCUUUUCACCUUCUUGGAGCCCCUUUCGUUUUCUGUUUGGGUGGCACUGGUUGUGGCUUAUCUUACUGUAGCCCUGACUAUGUGUUUGGUCGCCAGAUUCAGUCCGUACGAAUGGUGAGAACUACUCUCAGAGGAGUAAAACCUUGGAGCGACAAUUGGUGAAACUGAAAAACAUUAUUUUUCCUGUAUACAGGUGUCGAAGUUAGGGUAAUCGACUGGUUAAUUUUUAAAAUCAUGUUCAUUUUUUCCGAACGUUAUUUUUCUAAAUAGUAAACUAGUAAUUUUUUGAUUUUCUUACAAAUAUACUCGAUUUAGGGUUUUUUGAGUGUGCUGAUUACGAAAAUCGUGCUCAUUUUUGCUGAUUGCUACUAAUUACUUUAUAGUACUACUUAAAAAAGGUAUAUAAAAAUCAGAUAAAAUGAACAAGGUUUGCGGAAUCAGCACCAUCGAAACCCCAUAGAUCGGUACUCGUAAAACAAUCAAAAAAAAUUGUAUUUGUCCGGAACCCCUGAUAAAUUCACAGUGCGCAAAGCUUGCGGCCAAAUGUCUACGCACUUUUGAAGAAGCGCAGUACUUUUCAGUUUCCCCAAUUGACGACGUUCCGAGUAAAAACAUGGUUGUUUUAGGUUUGACGUUCAACAAAUCGAUGAGAGGGAUAGGAGUAUGGACAAUCACAAAAAUCAAUUCAACAUUUGGAACAGUCUCUGGUUUGCUAUUGGGUCUCUAAUGCAACAAGGAAGUGAUGUCAUUCCCAGGGCUGUGGCCACAAGAACAGUGGCUGUGAUGUGGUGGAUGUUUACUUUGAUCACCAUAUCAUCGUAUACCGCUCAGUUGGCCGCUUUUCUGACAGUUGAACGUAUGAGUACGUCAAUUGAGAAUGCAAUGGAUCUGGCUUCACAACAGAGAAUCAAGUUCGGCACCUUGAAGAAUGGCAGUACCAUGGAUUUCUUCAGAGAAUCCAAGAUCCCCAUCUAUGAGAGGAUGUGGUCGGUGAUGCAAUCUACAAGUCCCACUGUAUUUGUGAACUCAUCUAAGGAAGGAAUCGCUCGAGUGAAAGCCGGGAACUAUGCCUAUAUGAUGGAAUCUAUUAUGAUCGAGUAUCAGAAGGGCCAGGACUGUGAUCUGGAGACAAUUGGAGGACUGUUGGACUCUAAGGUAUAUAAGCGCCAAUUCAAAAUACAUAUUGAUUAUUCAUAGGGAUACGGUGUCGCUGUUCCUAAAGGCUCUCCGUUGAGGAACGAACUGUCCAAAACAAUAUUACAAUUACAAGAAAGGACAAUCCUCGAAGCUUUAAAGAAUAAAUGGUGGAAAAAUAAGGGUAAUAUCCAGGCAUGUAACUAAUUUAUGUUUUAGAUAACCUCAAAUGCCCAGUCUCCGUAGAUGCCUACAGUUCAGCAACCAGGGUAUACGGUAUCUUCUUCGUGCUCUUGGCCGGAAUUCUUGUAGCCAUCUUGGUGGCCAUAGGCGAAUAUUUCGUGGAGUCCAAACAUCAGAGUCCGCGAUUGGAUUUCACAUUGUUGGGUAAACUUUCCUUAUGGAUCCACAAGAGGAAACAACCUCAAACCAUGUCUGGACUUAGACAGCGCCUUCAGAUGUACGAUGGAUUGUAUGGGUGAGGGUCGGCAGGAAAUAUGUUUAUGUUGAUUCAGUGCCAUUCCGAUGGGUAAUCUCUGGAUGCUCGACAUGCAAAGAAGAGCGGCAAUGGCGGCGAAUCAGAACAAUCGGACUAAUCGGCGAGAAUCAUUGACCCAAUUGAGUAUAUCAGAUCACGGAAGAAGCCCCUCUCCGGGCUCCCAUCAAUUCGAACCAAUCAGAAGAGAUGCCCAGCAGAGCCUUCGAAAGUACAGCAGGCUUAUUCCGCCUAGUGAUGUGGGACUUCUCAAUCGGCGGAUAUCUUCCGGAAAUCCGUAA